AUGUACGACGUCUGCCCCGAGGUGGUCAUCGUCAAGACGACCAGCCGCGAGGUCAUCGUCACCCUGACCGGGGCGGACUGCCACCGCAUCGGCCAGGCGGAGGAGGAGAUCUUCGAAGAGGGGUCUCUCCAGUGCCGCGAGGGCAUUCAACUGGGCGGCCACGACGUCGAAGGUUUUACCAUCCAGGGCAUGCUCUGCGCCGGGGGCAAGGUGCGCAGAGACUACUGGCGCGAUGGUCAGGAGCGCACCAAGCAGUGGAUGACGACGAAGGAGAAGCAUGACAGGGACGACACGAUACAGGACAUCCCGGCGGCUCUGGCAGGGUGCGCAGACUUGGGCGAGACGCGCUUGAAGCGCACCGAGGCCGAUGUGCGGAAGCUGACGCCCGACACAGUCCUAGUUCUCCGCCAGGGCGUCGCUUAUGUUGAUCUUCUUGACCAGGGCAAAUUCGCACCUCUGUGCAGCUUCGUUUCUCACUGGUGGGGUGAGGAGACGCUGCAGUUUGCUGCGUCCUUACGCAAACACGCAGAAAGCGCCUACCCUGAAGAUCCAGGAGAGAUGUGCUACUACAUUUGCACGUUCUCGAACUCCCAGCACUGCGUGGAUCUGGGGUCCGACUGGACCGUCUCCCCCUUCAACCGGGCAUUGGAGCACGUGGCCCAAUGCUACAGACAAAAGCAGGAAGCGAUGUUCGGAGCCGUGAUGUUGUUUGACGAGAACUGCACCACACUCACGCGAAUAUGGUGCAUUUUUGAGACAUGGCGGUGCCACAAUCUCAAGCUGCCCUUCACUCUGUACUCCUGCGAGGGCAAGCUGACCCGCACCAGCACCUCCUCCUUGGCGGAGCGCCUCCGGGCCCUGGUCUCCCAGAUCGACUUGGCGAGCACGAGCUGCUCCGAGCUGGGAGACAAGCUGAUGAUUGAGAAGGCCAUCAGAGAGGCUCCAGGUGGAUUCUUGGCGGUGUUUGCCAAGCUUCGUCUGCAGGCGUCUGAAGAAUUGUAA